UUUUUUUUUUUUUAAUUUGGGCAGGGCAACAUUCUUAAAUUAGUUCAGAGGCCACCUAUCCCUCGUCGGCCUCAGACAAAUAUUUGACUUCUGAGGAAAAGGAGUUUGUUAGCUUUUCUAAAGGAUUGUCAGAUUUUAUAUUUAAAACAGCACUACAGAAGAGCCGCUGGAAAGCAAACACGGUCCGAGCCUUGCACACCCAGCGAGACCUGCGCUUGUCGGUGCAGCGCAGAGGCGAAGCUGGGGAGGGCGGGGGAAGAGGAGGAGCUCGGCGCCUGCCCGCACCCACUGCGCAUGACCGCAUGACGCUGCCGCCCCCGUUGCCAAGGCAGCGGGAAGGCGUAGCCCGGAAGGGGAGCCUUGCUGAGCGACAGCCCUGAGACUGAUCCCCGGUGCGCUCGGGGCUCGCUAGUUCCUGAGCCGGUCUUGACCGGAACAAAGCCGAUGAACACCCAAGUAUGAUGCAAAGGAUAGCCAUCUGCACAGAGGAAUUCACAAGAGCCAGGGGAACUGGCCCAAACGGACUUGAGGGCUAUGGCAGACCUUUCUGAGGACACCAGUCCUGAUGAGGUACAGAGUUCCGGUUCAUUCAGCUCCUCUGGAGGACUGCAGCCCUGGCCCCAGGCCUCUGGGAGCAAACCUGCGAGUGGAAAGCCGACCACACCCUUGGAAGACGGAGACAAACAAUCUGAACUUCCAGACUACAAAAAUAGUGAGGAGAAGUUCAGUAGAAAAUGGAUCAACUAUCUCAAGGGCAAAGAAACUAACUCUGGACAGUACCAACCAGACGCUAAACUUCAGACACAAAGCACUCAGGUAUCCGGUGAAGAACUGAAUGCCCGGCAGUCUUUUUGCGCCCUUAAGAUAAGCCUGAUCCAUCGCAGAGCAAACUUGAAGGAGAAAAAGAACAGCAGACAAAAAAAGCCACAGCUUAGAUUGGUUGCAGAGGCUUCAGAGAUAGAUGUCUUAAACUGUACUGUGCCUGAUGAACUUUUGAACAGAAUCUACUUAAAAAACAUAAGGACAGCACCAAAACAGGUGGCAACAGCUGAUCAACACAUUUCUUCUCAGUGCCCCAGUUGCAACAGAAAAAGAGCAGAACUGGCUCAAUCGGCCUUUCUGAGACAAAAGAAGACUUUACUGGAGUCACUUCUACUCCAAGAGAAAAUGGAUGAACAUCUUUAUACCAGAGACUUUCUUACCCUUAUUGGAGAUGCACAUCAGGGCCUCCCCAGGCUUUCAGAUGAUCCCAAAAUAAUCUGGAAAAGACUGAAUGAGAAAAGUCAGAUCAGAAACUCUGGUUUUGAAAGGUCAGAUACAGAACAGGUGUGGCAGAAUGAAAAAAGUGUUUGUCAUUUACCUUUUCUCCACCACCUGUCCAAACCACUUACGCUAUCCAAACAGAACACAGUGUUUAUUAAUGAUAAUGUGUAAUGUGGAUAAAUGUUUCUGUUGUGUAUUUGAAUAAUCAUCAUUUUUACAGGCACUUUGGAAACCAAUUUAAGACUUUACUAUGUUUUCUUCACAGAUGUGACGACUAAAAACUUUCCAUCCCGUACAUUUUUUCACAUUAUAGAGGGCAACAUUGUAGUUGGUAUACUUGCAAAGUUUUCACAAUCCAGGAGAGAGAUGUUGGUAGUUUAGGGUUUUGACCAUACCACAGAAAGAAGUACAGAAAUGUAAGAGAUAGUUAGGAGGUAAUAACAGCCUUUGGUGAAGUAAUGGAUAUGGGAGUUAAGAAAGGGUAAAUGUUAAGAAUGUUACUAAGUUUCUGACUUGUGCAUUUGGAUGAAAGAUAAUAUCAUUAAGAUAGGAAUACUGGAAAAGAUCUUGUUUGAUGGUAGUGAUUAAGAGUGUGAUUAUCUGGACAAAGUUUAAGGUAUAUUUGAGACAUCCACAUUGAGAGGUUGAGAAACAGUUGGUUAUUUGUGGUUGCAGUCUAAAGAAAAGGUUGAGCCUAGAGAUUUGAAAUAAAGUUGGAGGGGUGGUGGUGGUGGAAUCACUGACAUCUGGUUGGGACUUGAAAUAAGAGAUAUGGUGAGCUUUUCUAGAAGAAAGCAGAGUGAGAGAGAGGAGGGGCUAUGAGCAACUCCUGAGAAAUUCAGCAACUAACGGCUGGGUGGGAGAGAAUAAGCCAGCAAAGGAGGUUGAGAAGAAAUGAUCAUAGGAAACCAGGAAUGUGUCAUGUUACAGAGAUCAAAGAAAGAAUAUUCCAAAAAGGAUGGGUUGCCUAAGCAUGCUAACUCAACAGAAAGUUCCUGUGAGAUAACUUAGUUAUGUGUUGGAUUCUGUUGACCUUAGCAAUAGUCACUUCACUUACAGAAAUUGGGCAGACAGACUAAGUGGAUUGAGGAGUAAAUGUAAGUUAAGGAAAUGAAGACUUUGAAUACACUAUAUUCCUGGUUAAGUGCAGGGAGAUGGGGGGGAGGGGGUAAGCUGGAGAUAGAUACAGAAUUGAGGAAAGAAUGCUCUAAAAAGCCAUUUUGUUCAUAAAGAUUCUAUGAAACUUUUCUUGUUCAUCCUAAUUUCCAUUCUGAUGAAACAGUAUCACCCCCUGGAGAAUACCAUGGUAAUCUGAAAAUACAUUUGUUGGAAAAGUGUUAGAUGCAUUCUGAGAAAUUUUAUCUGUGAUUUCCCUAUAAAAACAUAAAUCCUAGAAUUACCGACAGCAUCUGGACGUCAUUUUUCUACAUGUCUAACACCUAAGCUGUCACAGUCAAAAAGAAAUUUGUAAAAAUCAGCACAAAACAGUUUUUGUGUCAUGUUCCAAUAACACUCUUUGGAGUUUAGACCUUCAUUUAUGUAUAAAGAUACUGUUGUAUCCUGUAGAAUUUAGCAUAUUUCCUCUUAGUCAUUCCUAAAUAAAAUGGAAAACAAAUCAUUACCAUUUUCAUAGUAACUUUUUAUUUAAAAUCCACAUUAUGUCAUUCUUUCUUUGCCAUCUCAAUAUAUUCACAUUUCACAAUCAAAUUCGGAAUAAUUUCCCAUUUAGAAUUCCCCAUUAAAGGUCAUAAUCCACCCCUUUAGUCAACUAGGCUAGAAAUGUUAGAGUCAUUAUUUGUUCCUCUUUUAACAACCCCCAAGCUAACUACUUUUCAGCAAGACCACUGGAUCAUUCUUUAGUAUCUUCUGACCAUGACUUCUCAUUUCCAUCUCAUUACCACUAUCCUCAUCAUCUCAGCCUCUCACUCCCGGCUUCCCUCCUCUCCAGUCCAUUGUCUGCACAGUUGGCAGAAUUAUUUUUCUAACACAGAGACCUGUUCAACUUAUUUCCUCGAUUAAAAAAGUAGUAUCUGAUUUAUCAGUGUUGUAGAAAUAGCUCAAAUUAACCAAUGCCACAUAGAGGUUCCUUCAUAUCUGGUCCCCAUUUACCUAUCUAAUCUCAUCUUCUAUGCCUCCCCCCCCCAAACCCCCAUAUUUUAUCCUCUACACAACUUUCACAUCUCUGAACUCUCUUGUUCUUUGUGCUGCUGUGGUCUACAAGUAACAUUUGUUUUAUUCAAAUUCUCUUAAUUGUCUUUUAUAGCUGGUGUACUCUUUAAUUUUGUUUUAGUUCUUCUAUUUCAUUAUAGUAAAUAGGUAAUACAGUUACACGGUUUAAAAAAUCAAAAUGAUGUUAAAAGGUUUUAGUAUGCAGUUUUCCUACCACCCUGAUCCCAUCCCAUCCCACUUAAUUCUAUGCUGUCCAGCCAGACCCUUGCCUGCCAGGGGUUAACUCUUUACUUGCUGAAUGAUCAGACAACCAGGUAUCCCAGGAUGAGGACAGAGGUAGAAGAAAUGCAGGAAUUGGGGAGUGGCCAUUUACCAAUCAGGACAGAGUAUUUUUAUAUUUUAAACAGUCUGAACUGAAUUAGUGUGUAUGAGCUGAAUAUUCAUGUUAACCGUAAGUAGCCACUUACGCUAGUUUCUUAUGCCUUUCAAGUGUUUAUGCAAACAUAAACAUCAAAGAUAACUUAAGUACUCUCUUCUGUACCUUGUUUCCCCCCCCUGUUAUAACGUGUGUAUGUGCGUAUAUAUAUCAUAAAAUUUGCUAUUUUAGCCAUGGCUAAUUGUACCAUUCAGUGGCAUAAUUUACAUUUACAAUGUUGUAUAGUUUCUCAUCACCCCAAACAGAAACUCCAGAUCCAUUAAGCAAUAACCGCCCCCCCCCACCCCGCCCCAUUUGCUCCUUCCAGUCCCUGGUAGCUGGCCUCUAAUGUACUGUGUCAAUGAAUUUGCUUAUUCUAGACAUUUCAUAUAAAUGGAAUCAAAA